GUGUGUGUGCCUGCGAUGUACCGAGGCCAGCACAACGGUUUUGGUGAGACUGUGACGGACGGUGACGAAUCGACUGUCCGAGAAACGGACGGAUAAUGUGAACUGGCACAAGAAGAAAUUAAACAUAUAAUAACCGUUAAAUAAAAACCAAAGCGUCAGAGUUACGCAGGGCAAGGGGGGGAGAGGGGACAAAUCGGCAUGCAUCAAAAAGGGAUAGGGCCUGGGAAGCCGACCCGUAGUUCCCCGAGGCUCAGGAAUCGGACAUCAGACCGACGGCCAAACAAAGCUGGGCUGGCGGAGGCGAGCGUCUGGAAUAUUGGGAGGAGAGGAGCAGGAGAAGGGGAUGAGGAGGAGGGGGCAACAACAACAGUCACGAACAGGCUGCAUCGAGAACUCGGCGGCCAUCGCUCCCCAGUUCGGUCUGCCAUCCGGAGGGAGGCCGGCGCCCCAGCGACGUUGUGCUUUGACAGGAAAAAGGGUCCUGCGGCCAUCAAAGCGCGCAGCACAGCAGACACACACACACACCAUGCGUGGCGGCUCACACGCACGCAACACUCUCCGUUGCAUCUCCCUGAUCGAGGGCCGUUUCUUUCCUUCUACCCUGCGGUCGUGCGCCACAGCAUCAAGGGCAGGCAGUGUUGCUGCUCUUCUCUCCCCUUCUCUACCUAAACGAGGCACCUAAACGAGACACCUCCUCGUGGCCAUGCAGCCCCCUUCCCCUUGGGCGUCAUUUCGGCGCAUGCGAGUUUGGUCAAGUGACGACGGGCCUGUAAACUCUCU